AUCUCGCGAUGCAUCGCAGUUGCUAUUCACCAAGAAGAGCGUACGCAUUUGCUUUGACGUUCUUGCGUUUUCUCAUGUUGCCAUUACGUCCAAUGCUGUGCGUAUCCCACUCGGUCUCACUAGCUCGGUAACACUCGGUAACAUUACUACUACUUUAGCUUUAGUUGGGAGCUGCUGAGUUCCGGUUGAGAGAGGCUAUGUCAAGCGGACAAGUGUUGGUUAGUGAAGCAGACGGGAACGGAGGAAUAAUGGCUCUACAGAAGAACCUGGAAGGCUAUGUGGGCUUUGCAAAUCUUCCCAACCAAGUUUACAGAAAAUCUGUGAAGAGAGGUUUUGAAUUCACACUCAUGGUUGUGGGGGAAUCUGGCCUGGGGAAGUCGACGCUGAUCAACUCUCUCUUCCUCACAGACCUAUACUCCCCUGAAUACCCGGGUCCUUCGCAUAGAAUUAAAAAAACUGUACAGGUGGAGCAGUCGAAGGUCCUGGUAAAGGAAGGAGGAGUGCACCUUCUGCUCACCAUCGUUGACACCCCCGGCUUCGGGGAUGCCGUUGAUAACAGUAACUGCUGGCAGCCGGUCAUCGACUACAUUGACAGUAAGUUUGAGGAUUACCUCAACGCAGAGUCCCGGGUCAACAGGCGGCUGAUGCCCGACAGCAGAGUGCAGUGCUGCCUGUAUUUCAUCGCUCCGUCCGGACACGGACUGAAGCCCCUCGAUAUUGAAUUUAUGAAACGGCUACAUGAAAAAGUAAACAUCAUCCCCCUCAUCGCAAAAGCAGACACAAUGACUCCUGAGGAGUGUCAACAGUUCAAGAAACAGAUCAUGAAAGAAAUCCAGGAGCACAAAAUCAAAAUCUACGAGUUCCCAGAGACAGAUGAUGAGGAGGAGAUGAAGAUGGUCAGGAAAAUCAAGGACCGUUUACCGUUGGCUGUAGUCGGUAGUAACACCAUCAUCGAGGUCAGUGGGAAGAGAGUGCGCGGGAGGCAGUACCCCUGGGGUGUGGCUGAAGUGGAAAACGGAGAGCACUGUGACUUUACGAUCCUCCGGAACAUGCUGAUCAGGACCCACAUGCAGGACCUAAAGGAUGUGACCAACAACGUUCACUAUGAGAACUACCGCAGCAGGAAACUGGCCGCAGUCAACUACAACGCUGUGGACAACAACAAGAACAAGGGACAGCUCACCAAAGCUGAGACGGCUGAUGGCAUGAGUCCUCUAGCCCAGAUGGACGAGGAGCGGCGGGACCACGUGUCCAAGAUGAAGAAGAUGGAACAAGAGAUGGAACAAGUGUUUGAAAUGAAAGUGAAAGAGAAGCUCCAGAAGCUCAGAGACUCUGAGGUUGAGCUCCAGAGACGACAUGAACAGAUGAAGAAGAACCUGGAGGCCCAGCACAGAGAACUGGAGGAGAAACGUCGCCAUCACGAGGAGGAGAAGGCCAGCUGGGAGGCCCAGCAGAGGAUUCUGGAACAGCAGAAACUAGACGCCUCCAGGACCUUGGAGAAGAACAAAAAGAAGAAGAUAUUUUAAGAACUCUGGAGGACCUUCGUGAAGUUACAGUGUAUUAUUUCGCCAACCUGUCAGCCCUUGAUUGUCAGAGCAUCCGUCAGUAAACUCCAUCCACCACGUUACUGUGUAAUAAUCAAGUGACCGCCAGGGGGCAGUGUUGUCUGGACUCUGAACUUAACCAGUCGUUCUCUGCUCACCCUCAUGUUCCUCCUAAGACUUGUUCUCUCUGUAUUGGUUCCGUGUGCGGUCCAGGUUUGGGUCGCACACAGCUCACAA